AUGCCAGAGAUUCAGACUUGCAGAAUCUUGCAGAGUGAAUUAGGCACGGCCCGGCGUGAAAUCCAGCAAGCUCGAGCGCUGGCAGCUGGAGUGAAGAAGAAGCCCGUGGAGGCAGCAGUCUCACAGGUGACAGGCGGGGCAAUUGCGGGCAGCCCGUUGAGCUUUGAUUGCGUGUGUGACGGUGGUGUUUUGGCUGUCCAGGGCUCUGCGUGCCAGGAAGUCACCUCCUCCAGCAGGCGCAAGCAGCGGCCAGAGAACAAGCCCAGUUGCAGAGGCAGCGGCAACGAGCUGCUUGAAUGA